AUGCAGAUGCCAUGGUUUGCUCGCAACGGCUCAGGGAAGGAGACACUGCUCCCUACCUCGAGCACUCCAGCCAUCACGGAAAUGUCCACCUUCGACUCGUCCGAAAAUGGCAAACCAGUCCGACCGCAACAUGCCCGAACUCCCUCAUCACACGCCAGAAAUGUCGCAGAUGAAUUUUCCUACAUGACGCCCAGCGAAGUCGGUGCCCGCUUGCGAACGUCUUUAACACACGGAUUGACUGCCACCGAUGCCCUGACCCGACUGGGUGAUUAUGGCCCAAACGAGAUUCCCCAUGAUGAACCAGAGCCUCUUUGGUUGCGGUUUGUGAAGCAAUUUCAAGAACCGCUAAUCAUUCUGCUACUUGUGUCCGCGGGCAUGUCCGUCUUGUUGGGCAAUUUAGAUGAUGCGGUGAGCAUCACAGUCGCCGUCACAAUAGUAGUGACUGUUGGGUUUAUCCAAGAGUACCGGUCCGAACAGUCAAUUGAAGCUCUUAACCACUUGGUUCCAAACCAUGCCCAUCUGGUACGCGGGGGAUCCAGCAAACCUUCAGCGACUAUACCCAAAUCUCCUGCCUGGCCACCACCAUCCAGCGACCCUGGCUCGACUGGCAGCUCCGGAACGAAGACACCAGUAGAGGAUGCCAUGGAUGCCGUAUCAACCAAGGUUAUGGCCGGACAGCUUGUUCCUGGUGACUUGGUACUGUUCACAACUGGCGAUCGGAUCCCGGCCGAUAUUCGUGUGACCAAGGCAACCGAUCUGACAAUAGAUGCCUCCAAUUUGACAGGGGAGACGGAACCGGUCCGAGUCACGGCCGAGGCGCGAACAAGACGAGUCAGUAGCCACGGAUUGAACCAUCUACAGCUUCCUCAGCCGCCAGCACUCGGGUCCGGGGGGCCUCAUGAGGGAGAUCCCGGCGGUGACACACACAACAUCGCAUUCAUGGGAACCUUGGUAACAUCUGGCCACGGCCGAGGCAUUGUGUUCGCGACCGGGGGAAGCACACACUUCGGUACCAUAGCGACCAGCGUAUCUGGUACGGAAAGCCCUCGUUCGCCACUCCAACUGUCCAUGGACGAACUUGGUACCCAACUCAGCAAGGCCUCUUUUGUUGUUAUUGGCCUGAUUUCAUUAGUUGGAUGGUUACAAGGCAAGAAAUUAUUGGAGAUUUUCACAAUUUCUAUUUCGCUUGCCGUAGCGGCGAUUCCAGAGGGCCUUCCGAUUAUCGUAACCGUUACUCUGGCACUUGGCGUCCACAGAAUGGCAAGACACAACGCAAUUGUUCGUAGGAUGCCCAAGGUCGAGACUCUUGGCUCUGUCAAUGUAGUUUGUACCGACAAGACCGGUACGUUGACGACAAAUCAUAUGACAACGUCCGAGAUGUGGUAUUUCGGAGCCGGGGAUCCGAUCGACGUUGCCUCUGACAGCGAUUCCAUGGAUGAUAAGAGUACACCUACACAGCUGAGAAUUAUGCGAAUCGGAAACAUCGCCAAUAAUGCGCGGCUUGCACAAAAAUAUACCGAGAGUGGCGCCGCUGCUUCAGCAGUUUUGUCCUCUACGCUGGGGCGUGGGCAAGUAGCCACGAAUUCGAGAUGGGUUGGCCAACCCACGGAUGUCGCAAUGUUGGAUAUGCUUGACAAGUUCAAGGAACACGACAUUCGCAACUCCAUAGGGCCGCGGGUAGCAGAAACGCCAUUUAGUUCUGAGAGAAAAUGGAUGGGCGUGACUAUUGGCUCUGAUUCUAAAGGAGAAAAAGAGUAUGCGUAUAUGAAGGGCUCAGUCGAAAAGGUUCUUACUGCGUGCAGUACUUACCUGGACAAUGACGGAAGAGAGAUUGUUCUUGAUACAGCUAGACGUCAAGAGGCUCUAGCAGCAGCCCAAAUAAUGGCAAUGAAGGGACUCCGUGUUCUAGCUUUUGCCAGUGGACCUGUGUUCAAGUCUUUUAAAGGAAGGACUGCACAGGGAACUUCGCGCACUGGGACGCCCGAUCUCGAAAGCAGCACAAGUUCAAUCCCGGAGGCCAACGAAGAUGUCUACAGGGACUUGAUAUUUGCUGGUUUGGUGGGCAUGAGUGAUCCACCGAGACCUGGGGUUAGCCGUUCCCUCAAGAGGCUUAUGCGAGGCGGAGUCAAGGUUAUUAUGAUCACUGGUGAUGCUGAAACCACAGCCCUUGCCAUUGGCAAGCAGCUGGGCAUGAAUAUCGCGGUGGCUAGCGAACAUUCAAGUAGUCAAGGUACUGUGCGGCCUGUGCUUCUUGGAGAGGAGGUCGACAACAUGUCGGAGGAGGACCUGGCCCUGGCCAUGCAGCAUACCACUAUUUUUGCUAGAACGAACCCGGAUCACAAGAUGAAGAUCAUCAAGGCUUUACAAUCUCGUGGCGAUAUUGUCGCCAUGACUGGAGAUGGGGUCAAUGAUGCUCCGGCUUUGAAAAAGGCUGAUAUCGGUAUCUCGAUGGGUCGCCACGGAACUGACGUGGCAAAGGAAGCUGCAGAUAUGAUUCUUACAGACGAUGACUUUUCGACGAUUCUGCGCGCAAUUGAGGAAGGCAAAGGUAUUUUCAACAAUAUCCAAAACUUUCUCACCUUCCAACUCAGCACCAGUGCUGCCAGCUUGUCUCUUGUACUUCUGUGUACCUUUUUCGGCUUUAAAACUCCUUUGAACGCCAUGCAAAUUUUGUGGAUUAACAUCAUCAUGGACGGACCUCCAGCUCAGUCCCUUGGAGUCGAGAAGGUCGAUCCCGAUGUGAUGAAUCGGCCCCCGCGAAGACGCAACGACGCGGUGCUUACCCGGGCGGUUCUCAUGCGUGUUCUAACAUCGGCUGUUAUUAUCAUGAUCGGCACCAUGCUAAUAUACAGGCACGAAAUGCUGGCCGAUGGACAAGUGACACGGCGUGACACAACCAUGACGUUUACGUGCUUUGUCUUCUUCGACAUGUUUAACGCACUUAGCUGCCGAUCGGAGUCAAAGUCUAUUUUCCGAGGUGAAAUCGGGCUGUUUGCCAACAGCUUAUUCAAUUGGGCGGUGUCACUCAGUGUUGUCUGCCAGCUAUUGGUGAUAUACAUGCCCUGGCUUCAGGAAGUGUUCCAGACAGAGGCGAUAGGACUUGGCGAUCUUUUCAGGCUGAUUGUUCUUUGUAGCUCAGUGUUCUGGGCGGAUGAAUUACGCAAAUACCUAAAGUACGGAAAGCGGCGUUUGGGCAGCGGAUAUAGUCAAGCUGUGUGA